AUGGAAAUCACAUCAUCCUCAAAGCCUCAUCCGCCUGUUGUGGGCAAAGUGACUCAUCACAGCAUUGAAUUAUACUGGGAUCUGGAGAAGAAAGCAAAGCGGCAGGGGCCCCAGGAGCAAUGGUUCAGGUUUUCUAUCGAAGAAGAGGACCCCAAACUGCACACUUAUGGUAUCAUUUAUACGGGCUACGCGACCCAGCACGUGGUGGACGGCCUGGCGCCGCGGACCCUGUACCGAUUCCGGCUGAAGGUCACCAGCCCCUCCGGAGAGUGUGCCUACAGCCCGGUGGUCUCCGUGUCCACGACCCGAGAACCCAUAAGUAGCGAACACUUGCACAGAGCUGUCAACGUGAACGAUGAAGAUCUGUUGGUGCACAUACUGCAAGGAGGCAACGUGAAGGUUGAUGUUCCCAAUAAAUUUGGCUUUACUGCCCUGAUGGUCGCUGCCCAGAGAGGAUACACCAGGCUUGUGAAAAUCCUCAUUUCUCAUGGCACAGAUGUGAAUUUGCAAAAUGGAAGUGGCAAGGACAGUCUGAUGCUCGCAUGCUAUGCGGGACACCUGGAUGUUGUGAAGUAUCUCCGAAGACACGGUGCUUCCUGGGACACCAGAGACCUGGGAGGCUGCACAGCUCUGCACUGGGCUGCAGACGGAGGCCACUGCGACGUGAUCGAGUGGAUGAUAGGCGACGGCUGUGAGGUGGACGUCGUGGACGCUGGCUCCAGGUGGACCCCACUCAUGAGAGUCUCUGCAGUCUCGGGGAACCGGGAGGUUGCCUCUCUGCUGAUCGACGCAGGUGCAGACGUGAAUGUGAAGGACAAAGACGGGAAGACCCCUCUCAUGGUGGCUGUGCUGAAUAACCACGAAGAAUUAGUCCAGUUACUUCUUGACAGAGGGGCAGAUGCAAGUGUGAAAAAUGAGUUUGGCAAAGGCGUCCUCGAGAUGGCCAGAGUUUUCGACAGACAGAAUGUCCUCUCCCUGUUAGAAGAAAGGAAAAAAAAGCAAAUGCCCAAGAAGUCAUCUAUUCGCUGACCAGGGCGCCUCUUACUUCCCUCUCAAAGCCGAGUGAAGCAAAGCAAAGCGGGACUUGAACUGGAGAGAAGGAAUUCUGCGUCUCUGAGGGCUACACAUUUGGUUACUUAUUUAAUUGAAGAGUCACAGUGACUUUUGUAACAUACAACUGUUCCCACUUUGAAAUACACCUUUUUACCUAAACGUGCAUGGCGGUGGUGUUUUCACUGGGCGUCUGCAGGAUGAGGAUGUUCUCCUGAACUUGAAGUUACACGUGAAACAAAAUAUUUAGGUCCUGGAGAUGGAGAUGCACAACCGGUCUCCCUCUUCCCGCCCCCGGCCUCCAAGCUGUCUGUCCUCCGAGCCACCCCGGGAGCCGGUGGAGAUUCCCACCCCUGUGUGUUUUCAGUUCUGUCCUUCCCUCCCCACCUAAGGCCUUGCAGCCGUGUUGCCAGGUGGUGCUCCCUCCUGGAGGGACGCUCCUCCAGAAAGCCCAGGAGGCCACGAGCAGAGUUUUCUGCUCAGCUGUUGGCCUCACAUCAAAGCACGAGAUACAUAUUUCAAGACUCCGCUUCUGCUGUUAGAGGAGGCUUUUUCGAACAGCCUGGUCUGAGGACGUGUUUGCAUAGACUCAGGCCCUGACAAUGAAAGACCUGGCCUGCCGGCCUGCUGACAGCUUUGCCAAAGAGGAGUUUUAUUUCAUUGAGUCCUCAGAGCAGAAAGGGUUUUGAUGGUGAUCGCUCAGAUCCGAGACAACAGGAAUGGACAGGUCUGCUGCCUGGGGGCUCAGACACAAACGUGUUGGUGCUUGAACUCGGCGGAUACACUUAAAAUCAGCAAAGAAGGGAGCUAGCUGACCACAUGCCUUUUGUGUCUCCAGAAAGACGAGCUGGUUAACUCGGUCCCGAGAGAAGAUGGGCUACAGAGGUCUGCCCAGGACAGGAAUCUUCUCUGCAGGGAAAGACCAACUCACAGGUAAUAAAAGUGCCGAAACUUUGGGGGAAGGGCAUGGGGCAAAAACGCACAAUCAGUUUUAUUGAUGUUGGCAGUUCUCCGCUUUGUUCCAUACUGCUCAUAGAAUGGGCUUCCCUGGUGGCUCAGUGGUAAAGAAUCUGCCCGCAGUGUAGGAGAGGCAGGUCCGAUCCCUGGGUCGGGAAGAUCCCCUGGAGGAGGGCAUGGCAACGCGCUCCAGAGUCCUUGUCUGAAGAAUCCCAUGAACCAUGGGU